UGGAGGAGGCCGGCCCGGGGUCAGCAGAAGGGCUGAGAUGUGAAGAUAAGCUCUCAGUGUGCAGCAAGCUGUGCUACGCCAUUGGAGGUGCUCCAAAUCAAGUUGCUAGCAGCGCCACUGCUUUUUUUCUGCAGAUCUAUCUCUUAGACAUUGCUCAGAUCACUCCAUUUCAUGCCUCCCUGGUGUUGUUUGUUGGGAAAGCCUGUGGAGCUGUUGCAGAUCCUGUCGCUGGCUUUUUUAUUAGCAAAAGCAAAUGGACCAAAAUUGGCCGACUCAUGCCUUGGAUGUUGGGUUGUACUCCUCUCACCGUCGUGUCCUAUUUCUUUAUGUGGUACCUGCCUCCCUUCAUAACUGGAAGAGUUAUGUGGUAUCUGGCUUUCUAUUGCCUUUUCCAGUCAUUAACUACACUUUUCCAGGUACCGUAUUGUGCUCUUACCAUGUUUCUCAGUACCAAUCAGAAGGAUCGAGAUUCAGCAACCGCGUACCGAAUCACAGUGGAGGUUCUUGGGACAUUAAUUGGAGCUACUCUCCAGGGACAGAUAGUCGCCAGUGCUCAUGCUUCAGAUCACUGUAGCCAAAAUUCAACUGUAGGCCUUCUGAACUCUUCCAGCCUACAACAGAACAGUUCUAGCCUCUUCAGCCUGGUUCACAGAAGAAAUGUCUACAUGAUCGCAGCAGGGGUCAUAGGAGGAAUCUACCUUGUCGGCAUUGUUAUCCUUUUCUUUGGAGUGAAAGAAAAAGAUGAUCCUUACGCCUUAAGUUCAAACAAAACAGUUCCUUUCUUUAAGGGACUCAGACUCACAAUGAAGUAUGGACCGUAUGUGAAACUUACAGCAUCUUUUCUCCUGAUCUCGACAGCAGUUCAGCUUGAACAGAGCAACUUUGUCCUCUUUUGUACCCACGCGGCCGGUCUUCGCAGCCACUUCCAGAAUUUAGUGAUGACCAUCUUGGUGUCAGCGGUACUGAGCAUACCGUUCUGGCAAUGGUUCCUGCAGCAUUUUGGCAAAAAGGAAGCAGCGUGUGGGAUCUCCUGGAUGAUUCCCUUUUUGAUCGUGCUGGUGACCAUCCCUAACCUGACAGAAGCUUACAUUGUGGCUUUUGUAUCUGGGCUGAGCAUUGCUGCAUCGUUGCUGUUGCCAUGGUCCAUGUUGCCUGACGUAGUCGACCACUUUCGCCUGCAGAAUCCUCAUUCGAGAGGACACGAAACCAUCUUCUAUUCUUCAUAUGUCUUCUUUACCAAGAUGUCAGCAGGAAUUGGACUUGGCAUUUCUGCGUCCUCUCUGGAGUUCUUUGGUUACGAAUCAGGGAGCUGCAGACAGUCUGACAGUGUGGUUGUCGUGCUGAAGUUGUUGGUCGGAGGGGUCCCAGCCAUCCUCAUCUUCUUAGGCUUAUUCAUACUCAUCUUCUAUCCAAUCAAUGAAAAGAUUCGAAAGGAAACCAAAUACGCCCUGGACAGUCUAAGCAGGCAGUAUCAUCCAAGCAUUGAAAACCUUACUGAGACGGAAGAAAACACUUCAUUAUGAAAGCCUGAAUAGAAAUUACAUGUGGCAAACGGAGGCCUGACCCGGCAGCAGUGCUUAGUGGGACAGCCAUCUUUUGUGUCAAUCCCACUGAAGUUUUACCUCAGCAAUGCUGGAAGCUUCUCUCUGUCAAGGCUAUAUACACCAUCCAAAUACUUCAUAAUUUGGGGUAUAGCUUAGACGUGGGCUGCUUAGGGUUUGUUGUUGUGGAACUGUGUAUAUUGUAUAUUGUAUCUGGAGGAGCUGCCAGUACGAUGCAGCAGGUGGUGCUCUUUAUUCUGAGGCACAACCACAGCACCAUCUUGAGGAGGACAUCAUGUCCUGGAAGAGACAGAAGGCCAGGCCUUGGGAGUGCUGCUGGAAAUACUGAGCGUCUUGUGACGCCCCUUAGAGACCUAUCACAUUUAUUGUGGUGUAAGCUUUCAUAAUCCAGAGACCCAGCUUUGACUCACAAGUUUCUGCCACAAUAAAUGUGUUAGUCUUGAAGGUACCACAAAAUUCUUUCUUUGGCAUGCAGCAGACCAUCAAGGCUAGAGCUCUGGAAUUUGUUUUUUAACGCUAUGGCCCAGCACCAAGAAAAUGGAUACUUCUCCGUAAGAACCAUUGACCAAAUUACAACAAAAGGAUCUUGUUCCCUUGAUCCAAGCAGAGCCUGUAAUUUCUGUUGGGCACAGACUUGCCCUUUGUCACUUGUCCUAAAUAUUGAAACAGUGCAAGGUAAUAUAUUUUGAAAAAUCCUUUUCCCUAUCCACCUUUGGAAGUGUAAGCCUUUUCCUAGUUCAUGAAUAUGACCUUUGUGCCUUGAUCAUCCAUAAGGAUGCUAAGUGCUGCCUAAAAUAAGUGCUCGUGCUGUCUUUUUAGGCACAUGGUUAUGCCCUUUUAAAGAUGACCAUGCGCAGAAAUGCACUGCCAAAUAAUAAAUGACUUUAAUCACUUG